AUGUUUAGAGAGGCUAGAAAUGCAGGCCAACGACCUUACUGGCUUGGGGAUGAUGUUUGGAAUAAUUUGCUAGCAUAUUGGAAUUCUCCUACGUACUACAAUAAGUGUGUGACAGCCCAAAGGAACCGAGGUUCCGAAAAGGGUGGGAGCCUACACACUACGGGUUCCAUGACCACCCAUGAGCAUGCCAUUCGUAUGGCAAAGGAGCUAGGACGAGCUGCUCAUAUUGAUGAGGUGUUUCAACAAACUCAUAUGUGCAAAGGAACUGACCAGUUUGUUGAUGAAAGAUCUCGGAGGACAUAUGUCAGAUCCGAACAAGGCUCAUGUGCUGGUGGAUCACAAGAUAUCAUUGAUGAUCUUACUGCAGAUGAUACGAUUAGGACAAAGUGUUGGGUUGAGGUUGUCGGGGGUAAGAAUAAAGGAAGAAUAUAUGGGACAGGACAACUUGCAGGUGGAAGCAGUGGCAUGAAGCCCCAAUCUACUGCAUCCACUUCCAGUGCUGAAGAAGUUACCUUCCUCAAACAACGACUACAAGAAAAUGAUGAAAAACUAAAAGCAACAGAUCAACAAUUGCAAGAAAAUGACCAGGCUUAUGCAAAAUUAAAAGGUCAAUUUCAAUCGUUACAAAACAUACUCCUCACACUUCUGCCUCCGGACCAAGAAGUCCUUCGACAGGCUGUAUCCAACCUAGCACAGUCUCAACAACUCCUCACAACCUACAACAAUCCAACCAAGCACUGA